CUGUUCAGUAUUUUGUUACAGCAACUUUCGGAAAUUAUUUCAUAUUUUUUUCGUAUAGUUACUUAAUUUAUUAAAAUUUCAAUUAAAUAGUAACGUUUUUGAAGAAAUUUUAUUUAAAAAAUGGAAUUUAUUCAUGAAGGCGUUGCACUAGGUGUGGACUUACUGAUUUUAGGUUUAUGUGUUAGGGAAUACGUUAGCUACAAGAAAAGUGUUAAACUAUUAAAGACAGCACCACAAUUAUCAAUAGACAAUGACUUAAAGGAUUUUGUGGCUAGACAAAAGGAUAAAAAGGUAGCUUAUGCAGUAGUACGUGGUACAGUGACACCCAUUGGUGUACCAAUGCGUAGUGUAAUGUCACCAUCAGUAACGGGUGUAUUGCAAGUGAUAAAGUUAAGCGAACAUCGCGUAGCACGUGGCUUUGCUGGUUUUUGGUCGGAGCAACGAAAACUUAUUCACGUCUCAUCCAAUGAAAUGCCUUUCGAAUUAACCAACAAUGGUGCUGGCGUAGAAGUUGUCGAUGCCCUGUCAGCCGCCGUGCUCGAUAUGGAUGUCGUCUAUGAUAAUUAUGAACCCUCAUCUCUCUCCUUUUUCGAUCACAUUUUCGGUUUCUUUUCGGGUAUUCGUCAAAAGGGCCUACAAACAACUGAAGAAGUUCUAAGGGAUGGUAGUUUCAUAACAGCCGUUGGUGAAUUAGAGUUAGAUGGUAAAACAUUGCGUCUGCAGCCUUCACCCUUGGGUCCACUCUUUCUAACAACUUCGACCAAGUCGACUUUAAUUAAGAAAUUUGAGGAGGCCAAAAAUUCAAUGUUAUUUAAAAUAUUCGUCUGUGGUUCCAUAUCAGCUGUGCUGAUCACCAUAAUUGUGCGCAAGGUUUACAUGAAAAAGAAACAAGAACGUGACGAACGACGUAUUAGAGAAACACUGGAGAAGGAACGCAAAGAGAGACGAGCUAAAUCGCGACCGGUCAAUCUAACUACAGAUCAGUUGUGUGUUGUGUGCAAUAUAAAUCCAAAGGAGGUUAUUAUUCUUCCAUGUGGUCAUGUUUGUAUUUGUGAGGAUUGUUCAGAGAAAAUCAAAAUGACAUGUCCUGUGUGUAGGGGUAAAAUAAACACGCGUGCUGCAGCUUUUAUAGCUUAAAAACACAAUGGCAUAAAUUGCAAUUUUGGAAAAACAAUCUCCCUUUAACUCUAGCUACUAUGCUCCACCCGCCACCCAAUUAGAAAAACAAAGAUAAUAAAAAUAUAUAAUUUAUUUAUUUUUUCAUGUACAUACAAAUAUAUAUAUAUAUAUCAAAGAAAGCAAAAUCAAAAGAAUAAACAUCUAACAAAACUACAAAUGUAAGUUAAAAAAAGAACUAAA